AUGUUAAGUAAACAGUUAAAAGACUUAAAAGUGCAAAAGAAUGUAAACAUAUUUGAAGAUAAAAAUAUAGAUAAAUUAACGAGAAGUAGAUAUAGCUUAUUUAAGAAUUAUUACAAAAAUUUUAUUUUAACAUCAUUACAUAUAGAAUCUAUAAGGAAGUGUUUAAAUAACUUGGAAAAUCUAAAUAAAUCUUUUAAUGAGUUCGAUAAUCUAUUUUUGCUUGAAGAAGGAGAUGUUUUGAAUUGUUUUUAUGAUGAAAAAGAAAAAGGAGAAAAAGAACUUUAUUUAAAGCAUCGUGAAUUUUUAACUGAGGAAGAAGAAAAAAUUAUAUUUAAAAAAAUAAAAUUAUUUUUAAAACUAUGCUCUGUAUACGCUAAUAAGAAAGAAAUAAAAAUAUUGAUUGAAUUUUUGAUAUAUAAAUAUGAAAUUAACAUAAAAUGUAGCCAAGAUAUUAUUUUGUUUAUAUUACCUAAUAUUUAUUUACAAGAAUUGAAGAAUAUUUUGGAAAUUAUAUACAUAGAAAAACAAUCUCCAUUUUUUUUUAUCAAUAACUACAAACAUGAUGAUUUAAAAAAAUUGGACAAAUAUAUUUUCAUUCAAAAUAUAAAAAAGAAUAUUAGUAUAUAUAAAAUAUUAUUUGAAUAUGCAAUAGAUUUAAUUAAUUGUACUACCGUUAUUCAGAAUAUAAAAACUCGUAUUCCUUUUAUAGAUUUUUUUAUUUCAAUUACAAAUGAAAUCGUUAAUAGUUACAUUGAUAUGCCACUUCAUAUGAUUGAAUUUUAUUGCAACAUCUUUUUAGUAUUAAUAAAAAUAGGAAAGUGUUCUUUUAAUAAAUUAAAUCAUUCAUAUGUUUUAAAAAAUGUGAAUACAAUGGAUGCUUUCAAAGAAAUUGAAGACAUUCAUAUCCUACAAAUACUUAAUUGCUCUCAACUGUUUAAAAAUUUUUUGGAAAUAUUUGAAAUUUCUAUACUUAAAUGCAAAAAGGAUAUUAAUUUAGAUUUUUUAAAAAGUAGGAUCUUUAUAUUUGAAAAAGAUUUCUUGUUAUUACACGAACAUAUAAUAGAACAUUCUUGUUGCUCUGAAUUUUUAAAAUGCUUAAUUAUUUUAUUAAACAUAAUAUAUAAAUAUGCAUCUAAAAUAUCUUUUAAAAAGUAUGUUAAUGAAGAAGAAAAAAAAAUAUAUGACGAAGAAGAUAAUAAUGAUGAAAAAAGUAUUAAAACAAAAAAAAAAGAAAAGAAUGUUUUUAGUAUUAUAAAUUUUGUAAAAGAGAACAAACAAAGUUUUUUCAGUAAUAAUAUAAACUUUAUAAUAAAAGAAAAAAAAUUAAUAAUAAAACUUCUUCAUUUAUUUCAUGAAGUAAAUGCUUAUGAAAUUACUGAUAAUUUAAUUAAACAUAUAUUGAUUAAAAGUUAUUCGACGGAGUUAAAUUUUUUCGAUAUUGAGUGUAUAUUUACUAAUUUACUAAAUAUGAAUAAUUAUAUAUUUAAUAUUAUUAUUAUGAUUAACUUAAUAUCAUUUUAUAUAUUUUUAAUUAAAAAAGCAGAAGAGGAAGAUGAAGAAGAAGAAGAAAAAGAAAAAAAUAAAGCAAAAAUUCAAGUUAUACAAUUUUUAUUAAAGAAAAAUAAUGAUAAUAAAUACAAAGAAGAUUUUUACCAAAUAAUUAAAUAUUUUAUCAAUGAAAAUAAUACGUCAUUUAAAGAGAAAAUGAUUUUAUUUGAAAUAUAUAGUAAAAUAGACGAAAAGUUAUUAGAAUUGAUUAAUAUAUAUAAUAAUAAGUUAAAUAAUAUAAAAAUAUUUAAUUCAAUAAAUUUUAACAAUGAUGAUUUUAAUGAUGAUGAGAUUAUUGAAGAAGCUCUUAAAAAUAUUAAAUUCAUUUAUGAAUAUAAAAAAAAAUUAGAAAUUACAAAUGAUGAUAAUAAGAAAGAGAUUUUUGAUGGAACUUUCAAUUUGGAUAUGAUAAAAAAAGGAACAAAUUAUUUAAAAUCGAAAAAGUAUAUAGAGUGCUUAUAUUCGAAAGUUAUUCUUUUAUUAAAAAAAAACAAAAUUCAGUUUACUGAUUAUUUAAAAACAUACGAAAAAGAAUUAUUAUAUUUUUUUCCUUCAAAAAAAUACUUAUAUCAAAUAAUGCUUAAUUCAUUUAAAGAGUUGAAAUUUAAUAAAUUUUGUGAAAUGGACAAAGAAAGAAAUAAAAUAUUUUUAAAAUUCUAUAUACAGUUAUUUAUGAUUAAAUUGAAAAAAAUGGAAAUGAAAAAUAAUAAAAAAUUAAAGGAUGAUAAAUUUUUUAAAAAAUUUAUUAAUUUUAAUUUCUCCUUUUUUUUCAUUAUAUAUGAUUGUGUAACUAACAAGCAUAUUUAUCCUGACCAUUUCUAUUUUUCACGAAAUAUUGAAGCAGAAAAUUUUAAGUUAGUAACAAAUUUUUUUUUUUAUCUAUCAAAAUUAAAAAAUAUAGAAUACAAUAAUUUUGAAGAAUUUUUGGAAAAUGAAAUAAAAUAUCGUCGAUUUAAAAAUAUAAAAAUUAUAAUAAAAUAUAGUACUCCUUUUAAAGAACUUAUCUUAUAUAGAAUAAUGCAUUAUUUUUCCAAAUUAGACAUCAGCUAUUUAAUGAAUAUAAAAGGAAUGAACAGCUUAAGAAAUAAAGAUGAUUAUACAAAAUGUCCAAAUUCUUUAAAUAACAUUGAAGACAAAAAGACAGAGCAUGUUGAAAAAAAGGAAUUAAGAGUUUUCCUACUAAAAUUUUUUAAUAAUUUAUUAAAAAAUUUAGAAGAUAUCAACUAUAUUAAAUCAGAUUUAAAAAAUGAUAUAUAUAUGAGUACAUCAGAAGAAUUUCAAAGCAGUGUAUUACUAUUCUUUAAGUUUGAUGUUUCACUAGCUUCCUUUUUGUAUUAUAAAUAUCUUAAUACAUUCUAUAUGAAUGAUAUAUAUAUAAAAUUUGUACUAGAUACAGUAUAUUACUUCUUUUAUUUAUAUAAAAUUGAUAAUUUUAAAAAGUAUAUAAAAGAUAAUAAUAUGUUUAUUGGUAUUGUUAUAGAAUUGUAUAAAAAAGUAUUAAAAAAUUCUAAUAAACUAGAUAUAAAGUAUCUUUAUAAGUUUUUUGUUAUAUCGAUAAUGCUUCUUACUAUACCAGAUGUAGAUAGCUCUAAUCGUAUUACGUAUAUGUGGAAAAUGUUAAAAAAAAUGAGUUUUAAUAAAACAUUUCUUAUAGAUUAUUACGUAAUAAAUAAAUUGUUCGAAGAGAAUAAUAUUAAUUGCUUAAAUAAUUUAAAUUUUUUUAACAGUAACAAUGAAGAUAAUCACAACAAUAUAAUUGAUGAGGAUAGAGAUGAUUGUAGUAAUAAUUUAGUUCAUGAUUACAAUAAUCAUGAUAUCAAUAUAAAUGUUGAGAAUGAAGAUAAUAACAAUAAACAUAAAAUAGAAAGCUAUGAAGGAAAUAAUCAAUUAAAUAAGGAAAAGAAUAUUAACAAAGAAGAAGAUGAAGCAUCAAUAUUUCCAUUAAGUGAUGACUAUUCUUUUGAUUAUAGAUGCUUUCUACCUUUUUCAAAAUAUUUAUCACUACGUAAAAAUGUAUAUAAGGAGGCAUUAAAGUAUUAUUUAUUUACAUUUGCAUAUCUUAAUAAGCAUUUCUUUGACAUAUUUUUGUCUCAUCUCCAUACAAAUUUGUUUUACGUUUGUAUUACUGAAGAGUUCUUAAAUAAAGAUUUGAUAUUAAUAUUUUUAAAAAGAGUUAUGCAAAAAAAUUCAUAUCCCUAUAAAAUUACUCAAUUAUAUAAAUUAAUAUUAACAAAGAAUUGUGAAUCUCUAAUUAAAAUAGAACAUAUAUCUCUUUUUAUAUAUUUAAUUGAUUUUUAUGUUAAUGUUUUGGAUCAUAAAUUUCUAAAAAAAAAAAAAAAUUCCAAGAAGGAUGAUAGCAAUAUUAUAGAAAAUAACAGUAUCAUUAAUAGUUCAGCAAAUAAAAAAGAGAAUUAUAUAAAUAAAAAGCUACUUAAAGAAAUUAAUGCACAAAAUAUAAACUCAGAAGAAUUAAAAAAUAAAUUAUCUAAUAAAAAAAUUAAAAAAAUUAAAUAUUCAAAUAUUCUAAAUGAAGGAGAUGAAGAUACAGAAACAAAUUAUUUUAAAAAUUUGAAUGGAUUUUUUAAAUAUCAUGAAAACCUCUUUAAAAAUUAUCAUUUUGAUAAAGAAAAAGAACUUAAAAUUAUUUGUGAAUCUGUCAUAAGUUUCAUAAUAAAUAAUAAAAAUCAAUUAUUAACAGUUCAGUUGUUGUCCAUCAAAAACUUUUCUACUAGUUCUUUAUUUAAAAAUGAUUUACGUUCGUCUUUAGAAAAAUUGGAAGUAAGUAAUUUAAUGAUAUUUAAGAGAUUAUUUUUAAAUAGAAAAAGCCAAGAUUACAAUUUGUUAUUAUUAAUGUGCAGAAAUGUAAAAAGUGCUAAAGAAAAAAAUAAAAUAUUGUUAUUUAUAGAAAAAGAAAUUAUCAAAAAUAAGCAUAUAAAUUAUUUUAAAAUUAUGAAAUAUCUUAGUGUAUUAUCGGAAGGAGAAGCAGAAAAUGAUUUCUCUUACGUUGAAUUUGUAAAUAGCCAUAUUAGAAUUUUUAAAAAAUUAUCUAAUUAUCUAGAACCAAACGACAGCAUUUUUUUAAAAUUAAUAAAAUAUGUAACAAAUAUAUGUACUCUCUUAUAUAAUAUUCCAGAUUUAAUUACAUAUAAUUUUUCAUUAAUUAAAAAUAACUUCUUAACAUAUAUUGUCUCCUUUUUUUGUAAAAAUAUAUAUUAUUUUUACGAAAAUAUAACUUCUCAUCUAAAACCUUUUUCAUAUAUUUUUGAUAAAAUUAUACAAAAAAAGAUAGCGUUAUUUAUUAAUUUUCAGAAAAAACAGGAACUAGAUAAAAUUUCGGAACAAAAACAUGAUGAAAAUAAAAAAAGAAUAAAUAAGGAAUUAUUUAAUAACAAUAAUGAUUAUCAUGAUUUAAAUUGUUCAAAAAAAAGAAAAGUGUUGAAUACAUAUUCUUCUAUUCACAAAGAUCCUUUAAUAGAUAAUGAAAAAAAAAAUGAAGAUAGUCCCAUCACUGAUGAGAGUUAUGCUUUGUAUGAUUGUGAACAAGAAAAUGAUAGUAAAUAUAGUAUUAAAAAGGAUAAUAAAAGAAUGAUUGAAAAUUUCGUAGAAAACGAGGAAGAAACUACUAAAUAUUAUCAUUUGCAUAUAUUCGGAUUUAUGUGCAAACUUAUUAACAAGAUGUUUAAAAAAGAAAUUGAUUUAAAGAAUUUUACUGUUUUAACUAAUAAUUUAAUUUUUCUCUUCAAUAAAAAUUAUAGCUCUUAUGUUAUAUCAAUUUGCCUUAUAAAUUUAAUUAUAAAAAUUAAAUUAGAGAAAUUACAUUCUUGUAAAAAUUAUAUUGUAGAAAUUUUUAAUGUAUAUUAUUUCAAUGAUAUCGAUUACUGUAUUAAUAAUCAUUUACUUUUAUUAUUAUCAUUGUAUUUGUGCCCAUUUGAUUAUAAAAAGAACAAUUUACUUGAAAUUGACAGUAGUAAAGAUAAAUAUAAAGAGAAAGAAAAUUACGAUGAAUCCAAUAGAAUUGUAUAUCCUGAUUAUAUUGAAAUGAAGUUAAAAUAUAUUAAACCACAUUUAAAGAAAGUGAAAAAUAUUCAUAAUUUAUGUUUAAAAAUCAUUACAUUAAUUUCAAUGAUUAACAUCCUAAAUAAAAGACAUAUUCAAUCAAUUUCUUAUUUUUUAUAUUUCUCUAUUUUUCAGAAUUUUAUUCUUUGUUUCUGUUUUACACAAAACAAAAUAAUUAACAGAAAACUUAAUAUAUUAUUCAAGAAAUUCUCCUUUCAUAAUACAGAUACUUUUAUACUAUAUUAUAUUUUAAAUAAUUUUAAAAUAAAUAGAAAUAUAUUAGAAAAUAAAAAUAUAGAAGAAGAAAAAGAAAUAUUAGCUCCCAUGGAAGGAAAUACUAAAGUAAUAAAUAAUAAACGUAAAAAUAUACUUUAUUUUGAAAAUUUAUUCUUAUAUAAAUUUUUAUUUUAUUUGAACAAAUUAAAAGAUUAUAUGAUAUUCAAUGAAAGUAGUAAGAAAUAUUUGAAAUUUAAAGGGAAUUUAAAAAGUGUAAAUAAGGAUGAUUGUGCUCAAAAUAAUAAACAUUUUCUUUAUGAUAUUUUUAAUAAUUUUAUAGAACAAGAUGAUAAUAUAAAUAAUAUUAUCAGACAGAAUGUUUUCAAUUUUUAUGAGUUCAUAGUUGAUAAAUUAGUACACUUAAAUUAUACUCAUAACAAAAAUUUAUUUAAACAAAUAAUAAUGUUUAUUAAUCAAAAAUUAAAUUAUGAAAUAGAUGCAAAAAAUAUAUUUGAUGUUAUAAUUCAUUUCUUAUAUAACAAAAAGAAAGAAAAAAUUUCACCAUUAAAUGAAAUAUAUAUAAAUAAUAUAUUCAAUAAAUCACUAUUCAAAAUAAAAUUGGAUAAUUCUAUGAAAAUUUUAAUAGUAUCUAAAAUAAAUGAAAUAUUAAAAAGGUUAUUUGAGCAAUAUUAUGUAGUUUAUAAUAAUGAAAAAAAAAGAAAAAAUUAUGAAGAUGAUAAUAAAAAGGAUGAGGAAAGUGGUGUUAACAAUAGUAUAGAGCAUAAUAAGAUGAAAAAAAAAGCUGGAGUUUUUGAUUUAGAAAUUGAUAUUAUAAAUAAUGAAUACAAUAGAUGCGGUGAAAUAUUUAAAGAAAAUGAUGAAGGAAAUGAGAAGAAUAGUAGCAAUAAUAUUUAUGAUAAUAUUGAUUUAUUAUAUUUAUCUGAUGUAAGUUCAGUUGAUUCUAAUUAUAGUUUUGAUAAGGAAGACCAUACUAAUGAUGGUGAGGAUAACAAGAUAAAUGAAAUAGAAUAUGAUUCAAAAGAAAUAAAUUAUAUUAAAUGUAUGAAUAAAUCAAAAGAUUUUAAACAAAUUUUUCUCUUAGAUAAUUAUUAUAUAAACACAAUUUUAAAAUGUCUAUCUUCCUUAUUAAUUCAUUUCCCUCAAUUCACUAUGAAAAAAAUGAUUGAAUUACUCAAAGUUUUAUUUUUUACUAACAACAAAUUUAUUUUAAUAAAUGAAAAAAAUGUGUUUAAUAAUAAUUUUUAUAAUUUAAGCAAAGAAAAAAAAAUUAAAUAUAUCAGUAAAAUUAUAGCAAGCCCUUUAAAAAAGUUAAAUAUGUAUCAUCUAUUUUUUAUAUUUUCUAAUAAUAAUAUUAAAAUUUGCUUUAAAUAUUUGAUUAAAUAUUACAGAAAAAAUUAUAAUUAUUUUAAAAAUUCUAGUAGAAUGUAUGAUUAUAAUGGAUCAGUUAUUCUUAAUAAUUCAUUAUUUAUUUAUCAAAAUCUUAUAAUUUUUCAAAAUUUAUUUGAUAGCAACAUAAUUAAUGGGAUAGGUUUAAAAUUAUUAUUUUCACUAAUAAAGAAUUACAUAAAAAAUUGUUGCAAAUAUAUUACGUUUCUUUAUGAAAAACACAAGAUGAAUAUGAUGUAUUUAAGCAAUAAAGAUUUUUAUUGUUAUAACAAUAAUUACAAUUCUUUAAAAAAUUCAGAAAAAUCACAAAAUCAAUUAUUAGUUGAUAUGAGAAUUGAAGAACAAAAUAUAGUAACAUCAUUAGUGUAUACUUCAUCUAAAUUAAAAUUUUCAUCAUUAGAAAAUUUAUUUGAGAAACUAGUUUCAAAUUUUGAGAAUAAGCAUUUUGAAUCGAAUUCUUCAAAUAUAUUUGAUCAAUAUAAAACAGUGUAUGAAAAAAGAUUAUAUUUUCUAUAUUUUUAUAAAUUAUAUCAAAAUUUUGGUUCUGUUUUAAGUGAAAAUAAUAAAUAUUUAUUUGAUUUGUUAAACAAUAUAAAAUUUAGUUUAAUUUUGUGUCAAAAAAAUUAUGAAUACUUUUUCGAAAAUUCAAAAAAUGGACUAUUUAAACAAAAUGGAAAGCAUAAAGAAACAGUAGAAAGCCAAAUUAGUAAUAGUUAUGAAAAUAAACAAGAAAAUGAUGAAGAAAAUAAAGAUGAAAAUGAAAAAAAUAUAUAUGUUAAAAAAAAUAAUUCAAAAAGUAAAUGGUAUUGGUUUGAACUUGGAUAUUGCACAUUACUUUGUUUACAUGAAAUUUUAAAAAAUGAAAAAAAAAAUCAAAAAAACUUUAGUCCUAUAUUUUAUCAAACAUGCUUGGAUCAUGUUAUAAAUUGCUUUGAUUUUUUUGUUCAUUUACCAAGAAUUCAUAUAAAUGAUGAUUUCAAAAAUUCUACUAAUGAAGAAGUUAUAAGAAACAGUGAAUUUUUCGAUAUGAAACAGAUAUCUAUUAUUCUGUUAGAUAUAUUAAAAUUAAUUUUAUUGGAAUUCUAUUCCUUAUAUUUAAAUGACCCUGAAAAAAUACAGAUAAUGACAAUGAGAAUAUCACUCAAAAAUAAUAACAACAAUAAUAUGAUUAUAUGCAUAAUUUUAACUUUGAAAUAUAUAUAUGAAACUAUUGGUUAUAAAGAAUUACUGUUUUCUGUAAAAGAUUUAUACCAAAUUUUUUCUGAAUUAAAUGAUCAUCCAGAUGAUGAAAUCGAAUUUGUAACUAAGCAGUGGCUUAACUCAAUAAGCAAACAUACAGAAACAUAA